AUGCAGCUAUAUAUUACAAAGGAGCUACAGAUCGCAGUUGAUGCGGCUAAAGCUCGGUAUAUCGCCUCAAAUGCUCGAUCAAAAGCACUCCACGAAGAGGCUGUCAACGUGCUGCCCGGUGGCAAUACAAGGACUAUACUUCACACAGAUCCCUUUCCUAUCUACAUAAAACAUGGAAAAUCUUAUCAAGUAACUUCGGAAGAUGGUAUUACCUAUAUUGACAUGGCUGGAGAGUUUACGGCAGCUCUAUAUGGCCACUCCAACCCAGUCAUUCUCUCUGCUAUGAAUGAUGUACUCCAAAAUGUUGGAAUGAAUGUUGGGGCCACUACAGCUCAGGAAAGACUAUUUGCCAAUGAAAUCUGCAAACGGUUCCAAUUGGAACGACUCAGGUUCACCAAUUCCGGCACAGAAGCUAAUUUACAUGCUCUAGCAGCAGCUAGGAAAUUCACUUCGAAACGAAAAGUUGUCACGUUUAGUGGAGGUUAUCAUGGUGCUGUUCUGACAUUUUCUGGUGGCAAGCCUGCUUCAAAUAACGUUGACAUGGACGAUUGGAUUGUAGUGAAAUACAACGAUCUCGAUGCAGCCAAGGAAGCCAUUCGAAGUCCCGGAGUCGCUGCGGUUCUAGUUGAAGGAAUGCAAGGUGCUAAUGGAUGCAUCUGUGGGACUUUAGAGUUCUUACAUGGCAUUCAGCAAGCUUCAUCAGAGGUAGGCGUACUCUUUAUCCUUGACGAGGUCAUGACAUCUCGCAUAUCUGAAGGUGGUCUCGCUGCGCUGCGAGGCCUGAAGCCAGACCUCAAAACCUUUGGCAAAUAUUUGGGGGGAGGGCUGGCGUUCGGUGCGUUCGGCGGUAGAGCAGAUGUCAUGGCAGCAUUCGAUCCUCGACUGGACGGGUACAUCUCUCAUUCAGGGACAUUCAAUAAUAAUACUCUUGUCACCCACGUCGGCCAUGUUGGUUUGACUACGGUAUUCACCCCGGAGGUAGCGCGGCAUUUCACCGAGGCUGGGGAUAGCUUCAGGGAAAAGCUUAAUGAGGUGACGAAUGGUACUAGAAUCUACUUCACUGGCGUAGGAACAGUCGCCACAGCACAUUUUCUCGCAAAGGGGCCUCGGCAUAUUGAUUGUGCUGAUAAUGUCGAAGAAAUCCCAGAGCUGAAGACUUUAUUCUGGUUUGAGAUGCUCGAAGCUGGAUUCUGGGUCACUUUGCGCGGGUUCAUAGCUUUGAUCCUGGAGACACCCCCAUCCGAGUUGGAAAGAUUUGUGAAAGCCGUAAAGAGUUUCAUCUCUAAGCACCAAACCCUUGUGGCACUGGAAACAUGA